AUUGAGCAACAACUGGUAGCUGAAAUAAGCUAAAUAGCUGCAUGGGACAGAUGUAGUUCUUGAUGAAUAUGUUUUUUCAGAAGUGAUGGGUUAAGCCCAAGUGCAUAUUCAUUUCUGUGAAAUUGACAUUUAUGGAUUGUUUCAUCUAUCAAAUCAGCACUCAGAGUUGAUUUGGUGUGAUCGAAUGGUCUCAAACUUGAAGUAAUCCAAAUUGCCACUUACAUUAUGAUGCAACCUUGCAACCUUGUUUGUCCAUACCUUGAAAGGUUCUGAUUUGGGCUGGUAGAGUGCUAGCCGAGGCUCAUUAAUACGCCAAGUUCGGCUCUGCUGUGGAGCCAGUCGGUACCAGUAAACAGGGAUUACACCUAAUUGCACAAGGGAUGAACCGAGCUGGUAACAUUAGAGUUCAAUGAAAGCCGCUUCUGUUCGCUGAAUGUGUAUGAUACCACGUGAACGAUAAUUCGGCAUCAGCAAAAAUCAAGUCCAUGGCUGUUCUCAAAUUCCAAAUGUUUACCCCAAUUCCUGAACUUCACUUAAUUUUAAUAAUGAAACAAAUAUAGUACGGAUAUUUUCAGUAUAAAACGAAUAAAUUUGCUGAGUUUGCUGCACGCCAUCCACACCAAGCCAUCCAUCGAUUCAAGAGACUGCCAAUUUUUUUCUCGUGGAGACCUCCUUGCUUUAAAAGAAAUAAUUAAGACUUGCAAUUUAGGUUAUAGUACUCGAGGAAAUAGAGGUUAGUGAAAGUGAAAAUGCUCCCAGGCUUACCACUGGCAAUGUCAUCGUGGCAGACGUACACUGAAUUACACUGCAUAUUUUCCACACUCCAAUUACAAUCACAAAAUGUCAUUGCUAUCCACUACUCAUCUCAGUCGCACAGCAUAUCUUCUGCUUGCUACCCACAACCCCCCCGGAGACUCCUCUAUAUAUAUUUUCAAUUAUUGCAGAGCUGCAUUCUCAAGAAUGCGCCCUCACAAGGGAAAAAAAUUCACUCUUUCAUCACUUACAGGCGAUUUGCAUUUGCUACACGCACACCUUUUCAGAAUACGCUUAUUAACAUGUAUGCCAAGUGCGGACGUAUGGUGGAUGCUUGGAAAGUGUUUGACCACAUGAAAGAACGAGACAGUGUCUCAUGGAAUACGAUUAUUGCAGCAUACCGAAGACAUGGGUUUCCUCAGGAAGCAGUAACACUGUUUCACCAAAUGCAACAGAAAGGUUUCCAACCGGAUAAAUUCACAUUUUCCAGCGUACUCCCAGCCUGUGCCAAAUUGGGGAGCUUUGGAACAGGGUAUGGACAUACAUCAAAGCAUAAAGGAUAGAGGAAUUUUGACAAAUGUAGUAGUUGCAAGCGCUCUAAUAGACAUGUAUGCAAAAUGUGGAAGCAUGCACAAGGCACGUGAACUGUUUGACGGAAUGCCUCAAAAAGAUGUCGUCUCAUGGAAUGCAAUGAUUGCAGGAUAUGCACAAAAUGGGCAUGCUGAAAAGGCUUUAGAAACUUUCAAGCAAAUGCAAUCGGCAGGUGUAAUGCCAGACAUCGCAGCUUUUGCCAGUAUCCUCCCAGCCUGUGCCAAAAUGGGAGAUACGGUACAGGGUUUAGGCAUCCAUCAAAGAAUAAUGGAGGGGGGACUUUUUUCGAAUGUCGUAGUUGCAACUGCUCUAAUAGACAUGUAUGCAAAAUGUGGAAGCAUAGACAAGGCACGUGAACUGUUUGAUAAAAUGCCUCAAAGAAGGGUGAUCUCGUGGAAUGCCAUGAUUGCAGGAUAUGCACAAAAUGGAUUUUCCAACGAUGCUAUCAAAAUCUUUGAAUUAAUGAAGCACUCUGGAACAUAUCCCGACAUUAUAAGCUUUUCUUGUAUUUUAUUUGCAUGCAGCCAUGCAGGUUUAGUAGAUGAGGGUUGUACCUACUUCAAUCACAUGAGUAAUUCUUAUUGCAUUACACCCACUGUUGAUCAUUAUGUGUGCAUGGUUGACCUUCUUGCCCGUGCUGGCUAUCUUGAGCACACCCUAAACUUCAUCAUUAAAAUGCCAGUUAAAUCUGUGGUGGUUGUCUGGAUGUGUUUUCUUGGUGCCUGCAGAUUACAUAUGAAUUUAGGGUUAGGAGUAUUUACUGCGACCCUGCUUUUUGAUUUGGAUCCUAAAAGUACUGCAACUUAUGUCCUCCUCUCAAACAUCUAUGCAGAAGCGGGCAGGUGGGGUGAGGUUCAAAUGGUAAGAAGAUUGAUGAAAGAUAGAGGAAUUAAGAAGAUCCCCGGAUGUAGUUGGAUUGAAGGCCAUAAAAAGGUACAUGUUUUUGGUGUAGGAGAUAGAUCACACCCACAAACACAGGAAAUCUAUGAAAAGUUGGAGAAGUUGGAUUGGGAGAUGAAGAAAGCAGGGUAUUUUCUAGAUUCAAGACAUUCACUGAAUGAUGUGGAAAAGGAGGAAAAAGAAUUAUUUGUCUGCUACCAUAGUGAAAAGUUGGCAAUAGCUUUUGGUUUGUUAAACAUGCCCCUUGGAACAACUAUUAGAGUUGUUAAGAACCUUCGAGUAUGUGUAGAUUGUCACACUACAACGAAAUUUAUUUCCAAGAUUGUUUCUAGAGAAAUUGUUGUAAGAGAUGCAAAUCGUUUCCAUCAUUUUAAACAGGGACAAUGUUCUUGCGGAGAUUAUUGGUGAUGCUCUGAAAAAUAUGUUUGUACUAUAAUAAUGUGCAUGGUAUUAGAUGUGCAGUAAUAAUGAAGGGACAAGGUUUCUUGA